AUGACGACGACGACUUUUAUGAGAAGAAGAGCUUUAACGGCAAUUUCAGGAGCAAGAGCAGCGAGAGGAGGAGGAGGAUUUGGAGGAUGUGAAAUCCCGUCGACUUCGGGAAGGAUUUUUACGACGAAGAUGAUGGGUUUUUUAUCAGACGCGAAUGGGAGCAACGCCACGACGGACGACAACGAUUACGUUGGAAACGGAAAGAAAUCGAUAUUAAAGCAGCAGCGAGGACAAAACUACACGCAGAUGCGAGCGUACGCGAACGAUCCAACCAUCGACAAAGGUCUCUUCCCAUCCGCUCGGAAAAAACACGAGCGAGAACUCAACGCAGAGAGGAAGAAAUGGCGAGAAGAGUUCGAGCUCGAGGCGGAGAAACGAAGGGAAAAGAAGGAGAAAGAGGACGAAACGAAACACCGAGAAAGAGAGGAACGAAGACGACUCAAAGCCACCGCGUUUAAAAACACGACGGGCGAGAGAGAAGCACUGAAGAAAGAAAACGACAAAAGAAGAGAGGAGAAGAGAGCGAAAACAGAGCGCAUAUUGAAGCAAAAACUCGCCGCGACGGAACGUAGGAGUCGGUGGCGAAACGUCGAGUUGUACGCCGAAGCGACGAAGUGGAUCACGCGGGAGGACCUGGAAAAGAGGAUCGAGAAAGCAUUGAAUCGUCCGGAGAGGAUGUACUAG